AUGUGCCGUUUGCUCUUGUAUAAAGGCAAGCAGCCUAUCCUGUUAGCCCAUCUUCUUACCAACCCUGCCCAUUCCAUAAUCAACCAAGCCUUUGACUCUCGAUUGCGACUCGAUCAUCGUCGACCACUCAAUGGUGAUGGUUUUGGUGUAGGGUGGUAUGACAGUGACCCGGAUGAAGGUUCUGGUACGCCUUGUAUUUUCACGUCAGUGACACCUGCAUGGAGCAAUUCGAAUCUGGUGCGUCUUGCAGAACGUAUCAAGAGCCCGUUACUAUUUGCGCAUGUACGAGCAAGUACAUCAGGAGCUGUGACUGAAGCCAACUGCCAUCCAUGGAACUAUGGGCGGAUCAUGUGGAUGCAUAAUGGAGGAAUUGCGCAAUUUGACAAGAUCAAACGUAAACUAUUGAGCGCUUUACCUGAGGAACUAUUCCUAUUUGUCCAAGGCAACACCGACUCCGAAUGGGCCUUUGCUCUCUUCCUUAGCUUUCUUUCCAAUCCAAAGGCUGAAAAGUUUGAUCAUCAAGAACUCAAAGACGCCAUGCUCAAGACCAUUGCACAGUUAAAUGAAUGGGCAGAGGAAGCAAACAUCACUGAACCAUCCCUAUUAAAUUUCGCAGUGACGGAUGGAGAAUCGGUGGUGUGCGUGCGAUAUAUCAGUAGCAAGACCGAAGAAGCAGCAUCAUUGUAUUUUUCAUCUGGCACACGAUUUGAGUCCUAUCGACCAGGCCAUUACAGGAUGGUGAAAGCGGAUCGCCGUGAAGAUAUGGUAGUAGUUGCCAGUGAACCCCUGACAUUUGAAAAAGCGGAUUGGUUGACCAUUCCCACCAACAAUAUCCUCGUGAUCACACCCAAGCUCAAUGUUUUGCUACAUCCGGUCAAGGACAAGUUUUACACUGAUGAACGUGGUGUGGAAGUCAAAGUCGGCGAAGAAGUCGCAAGGAUACCCGAGCCAAGGGCUCAAAUGAUGGCUCAUCGGGCUCAUUUGACGUGUAUGGGACACUAG